CAAUGUGCUCUGAUGUUGAAUAAAGAGAGAGAGGCCUACUGAAAUGCCUGAUCAAAAGAUUCGUAAGGAUCGUAAGAGCAAGAAGAAAAAGGAAGUAGUACUUGAACCCAAAGUCUUUAGAGAAUUCGAAAAGAUUGAGAGCAAAAUCAAAUCAGAAAUUUUAAAAUUCAAAAUCCCUUUCGUUUCAAUCCUGAACAAAAUUUUCACUGAAUCCUACAAAUUCACUCUCAACCAACGCUUGCUAGUAGAAAUAUAUGAAGAGGCUACCAAAGGAUGAAAGAUUCCUCUCUCAGAUUGAUUCUUAUUCCGAGCUCUAUCAACUCAGUACUUUCUAUAUAACACCUCACCUAUCCAAGCUGACUUAGCUCUUCUUGACUCCUUAAAAAUCCUCACAUUUUUGAUCCUUUAUUGCUCUGAGGCUAAAGAAGACAAAGUGGGCUUCUUAAUGACCUGCGUUGAUCAGUACUCUAAAAUUGUCGAAGCUGAUCCUAAAGAUCUGAGCUCUGACCAGAUUGACAGCAGUGGCGUAGCCACUGCUGUCUAUUCUUGUGAUCACAGAGAUCUCUUGGAAGUACUAGCCUCAUUCUUAGAGAGCAGUAUCAUUCCUUUCAUAGAGAUGUGCCCAGAUGAAGGCGACGACAAGAAGUACACUAGGUUCAUCAAAAGAGCCACUGAUAACAAUCAAGUGUAUUAUGAAUAUGCUAAAUAUUUAUGCAAGAAAUAUAUCUUUGAGGAGAAAAAGAGAAAUAGGAAGUACCAACAGCACCAAAAUUAUGAACAUGAGAAUAAUACUGAGAUAAGCAGGGAAGAAUUUAUGCAAAGAAUUGAGGUUAAUAGCUCAAUUAUUCUUGACUCUCGUGCUAUCAGAGGAAUGUUUAGUGAGUACUUAGAUAAAUAUUGGAAGAAAUCAAUGAGCAAAUCCAGUAAGGAAAGUAGUCUUUCCAAGAGAAAUAAUAAAGCUCUUAAGGAUCAGAGGGUUAAGUUAAACAAGGAAAACUAUCUUAGGAAUUCUGAUGAUAGCAGUAAUAUCCUUCCAAGUGUAGUUAAUCAACAGAACAAAGCACAACUAAAAGAUGGAUUUUCUCCUAUAAAUUCUUCAAACAAUCCCUUUGAUAUCUCUGAUGAUGCCUAUCUCGACAAACCUCAUACAAGCUCUCAGUUAGUUUCCUCAUCAAAGAUCGAUGAUCAAGAUCGCUCAGGACUUAAUCUAUUCACCGAUUUUGAAAGAGAAAGAACCGGGUUUAGAGCGGAUGAUAGUCUCAACUUUCCAAGAAAGACGAACCUCUCAACAGAUCAUAAUAUCAGUUCUUCUUAUGUUGCAGAAGAAGUUGAUGAUAAGUCAGAAGUAGAUUUUAACCGAAUGCUUGAAGAAAAAUAUGGCAAAGAGCUACUUUACUUCUUUCAUCUCUACUUCACAGAAUGCAUGAAUGGGAAAGUUUACAAUUGUUCUGAGCAAGAUUGAAAGAUCCCAUAUGUUCUCUCUGAAAUGAACGAUGAUGACUUCCUUAAUGAAGACAUUUCUGAACCAGAUAUGGUGCCUAGAUUGAGCCAUUCUUUUAGGAUUAGCCAUAAUUCUCAAAAAGAGAUAUCUAAUGCAGAGGAAUAUCUUAAGAAUGUGAUUAAGAAGAACCUCAAGAUGCAGGAUUUUUCUGACUUUUACAACAAUGACACUAACAAAGAGGGUAUUCUAAACUCCUAUCUUAGAUUGCUGGAUGUCUAUUCUCAACUCAGAAUUGAAGUUGAUGGUCUAGGAAACCAGAUACCAGUGAAAAUCUUUCAAACUGAUAUUUUAAGAGAAUUUAUGUCUGAAAGAAGAAAUGGAGGCGUUUCACUAUCUCUCAAUAUAGAGCUAAUGGACAUUUUUGAUCAUAAGAACCUGAUCAUUCCUAUCUAUCUUGAUAACUCUCCAUAUGUCUUUGUAGUGAAGCUAGAUUUCGACUCUCCAGUUGUGGAUUUAUACCACCUUGAAGAGAAAGUUGAUGCAGAAGAUGAAGAAACUCAGACAGAUCUCACCAAUAUUAUAUUUGAUAUUCUUGAAAGAGCAUAUGAAGCCAAUAACACUUUCUUUGAUCACAAAUAUUUUAAAGGAGAUCGCAAAGCUGUUCAGAGUUUACCACAAAUGAUCAGCUCACUUGAACAAGUGGUGCUUAGACAAGAAGAGACUGAAGAAAUAGAGAAAAUUGAUGAAGAACAGAUGAAGCACAAGAUUAUUGACCGGCUCCUCUCUGUAGUUUUAAUUUAAACCUGACCGAUAGCUUAAAGUUAAUCAUAAGUUGCUAAAAAUUUGC